GAGCGGCGAGAAGCAGCCCGGCUCCGACCUCGCCAAAACCCGGCAAGAUGCCCCGAGUAGAUGCAGACCUCAAGCUGGACUUUAAAGAUGUCUUGCUUAGACCUAAACGCAGCAGCCUUAAAAGCCGAGCAGAGGUAGAUCUUACGCGUACCUUCACAUUCCGGAACUCCAAGCAGACUUACACGGGGAUUCCUAUUAUCGUGGCAAACAUGGAUUCUGUGGGCACUUUUGAAAUGGCACAGGUUAUGACUAAGUACACGAUGUUUACCGCCAUCCACAAGCAUUACUCUUUGGAAGAGUGGAAGCUGUUUGCAAGCAAUCACCCAGAAUGCCUUGAGCAUGUAGCUGUGAGCUCAGGCAGUGGAGUGGCUGACUUUGAAAAACUGACAAAGGUCAUAGAGGCUAUUCCACUUAUUAAGUACAUUUGCUUGGAUGUGGCCAAUGGUUAUUCAGAACAUUUUGUGGAGUUUGUGAAAUCUGUCCAUGCCAAAUACCCAAAUCACACCAUCAUGGCAGGUAAUGUAGUGACAGGAGAGAUGGUAGAAGAACUUAUUCUGGCUGGAGCAGAUAUUAUUAAAGUGGGAAUUGGACCAGGCUCUGUGUGCACGACUCGGAUUAAAACUGGGGUGGGCUACCCACAGCUGAGUGCAGUGAUCGAGUGUGCAGAUUCCGCUCAUGGACUGAACGGGCACAUCAUUUCUGAUGGGGGUUGCAGCUGCCCUGGAGAUGUUGCCAAAGCUUUUGGAGCCGGAGCUGAUUUUGUGAUGCUCGGAGGAAUGUUUGCCGGACAUGACCAGUGUGCCGGAGAAAUCAUAGAGAAAAAUGGCAAGAAAGUGAAGCUUUUCUAUGGGAUGAGCUCCGACACAGCCAUGAAGAAGCACGCAGGAGGCGUCGCCGAGUACAGAGCUUCAGAGGGUAAAACGGUAGAAGUGCCUUACAAAGGGGAUGUGGAAGACACCAUCCGUGAUAUCCUUGGAGGGCUGCGAUCUACCUGCACUUACGUGGGAGCCGCCAAACUCAAGGAGUUGAGUCGAAGAACAACGUUCAUUCGGGUAACUCAGCAGCACAGCGCAGUCUUUUCGUAGCCACGAAAGAGAAAGCUGAAAGACCUGGGAUCUGCCAAAACCGCCGGCUCUUCCAUUUCCUUUGAUUUGCAAUACAGCUUCCUGCGGCCCUACUCCAAGCUAGGAAAGAAAAGCAGGUUGAUCGCUACUAGAGUCUGUCGUAGCAGAAAAGGUUAAGCCUACGGAGGACAAGCCAUAAAGUGCAGCAGUGCCCAUGAUUAUUUUUUAUUUUUGUUCAAAGAGUACUAUCUUUUUAUAGCCUUGUCUAUUUAAAAGAGAAAUCUCGUUUAAUCUUUGAAUGGUAAUCUAAGGAGAUUCGCCUAGAUUGCAAAUUCGUAUUGUAUCAGUCUUGUUGGAAUGAUUCCUGUUAACCAGUGUCAAGUAAACUCAACCGAAGCUUUUAUGGCCAAACAACCAUUUAAUUGCUGCUCUUGCAAUGUGGUAUAGAAGUCAGAAGAACUGGAGGGUGGACUUUCCAAACUAGAAGGCGCUUGCAUGACUGGCGCUCCAGCAUGUCAGCUAUGCGGCUCUAGAACUUGAAUCUGCUGCUUUAUUUUCACUGUGACAUCGAGUACUGGAUUUUUAAUGUGCACUGAUACAUAAACGUUCUGAAAAUUGUUGAUUAAA